ACUUGCAUUCUACAAUUAGCAUCAAGAUAAUCUAUUGUUCAGAGUUUAACGUUACCUAUUGUUAAACGAAAUAGAGUAUAUCACGCGAAAAACAUCGUUAUCAGGUGUUUUAUUAUCAGUGCUGAUAGCCGGCAGUAGUGUACAUUAAAGUCAGUUUUGUAUUAUAGUUUGUUGUGAGUGAUUUCCGAAAUGGCAAGUGCUGUGCCGAAUAAUCAGAAGAUGAAGUUUUCGAAAACUGAGACAGAAUAUGACAUGAAGUCUAUAAGGUUCCUGCUGUUGACAAUAACCACCAUGUUUAUCAUAAUCGGUGGUCUGAUGAUAGUCCUAGGCAUUUCAGUCUACUCUCACUACCACAGUUUCGACUUCUUCUACGAGAGCGCCAAGAGUGGAAGAUUCCUUACGCCGUCUGUCCUUAGCGUGUUCCUUGGCUUCAUGUUGCUGGUCGUCACUUCUAUUGGCUUCUUCGGUAGUCUGAAGCAGAGCACUUGCAUGGUCAACCUGUACGCUCUGAUCCUCACGAUAAUCCUGCUGAUCAAGCUGAUUGUGGUGAUCCUGGCGUUCACCAUCGACCAUGAGACGAUGAUGAAGUACGUUUUCUUCCCAGUGGCCGGAUACCCCACUGACCCAGAAAUCCAAGUUGAAAUCGACAGUUUACAGACUUCCUUAAACUGCUGCGGAGGCGACAACUACUUGGACUACGUUGGUAUGGAGUUUGCCGCCAACCAAUCCACUACUUAUAUCAGCACUGAAAUCGACGGUAACGCCGUAGUUAUGGUGGUUCCCAACUCCUGCUGCAUCACUGUGGACGAUGUCUGCACUAGGUUGAGGACCACAGGCUGUAAGGAGGCGCUAGUCAGCAUGCUGACUCAGAAUUCCAGUGUGCUUGGUGUUUUGGGCGUCUCUGUCAUGUUUAUUAUGGUACUUGGUAUAGUCUUCGCUCUCCUCUUGGCUCGUUGCAUUAGAAGGUUGAAAAGCGAGCGGGCUCUCUUAGCGUGGAAGCUCAAAGAGCAGAUGAUAAUGGCCAGGCAGGAGGGGAGGAGGAAGGCAGAGAUGGAGAAAGAAAACCACGAGACGGUUUACAUCGACCGCCCUGAUUCCAGCGUGGCUUAAAGCGAUUAGUUUAGUCACUAGUUUGAUAAGUAGAAAUAAAAAUAUCAGUUGUUACUUGUUAGAGUAAUCCUCAAUAUCUUGAUAAUUUCUUGAUUACCUACAUAUUUUAUUGAUUCUAGAAUAUAUUUUAUGACAACUGUUUACUUGCUUUUACGAAUACAUUAUCAUCAUAGAUUUUUUAGUAUUAUAUAUAAACUGUUUACACAUAAACACUUACAUGUAUGUACAUAGUUAUAUAAUAUUAUUGGUUUUAAAUAAUAUCCUUAAUAAAUUUAAGUAUGUACUGUAUAUUUGUAAAUAAUAAUAUUUUGUGAUCAUCCCACAAUUCGUAUAAUUAUUGCAUAGCUUUAAAUUAAUAAUAAAUGACAAAACCCGACGUACCUAAUAAUUCUUUAUUUAGAAUCAACCAGAUCAGAUAUGAAGCCGUAAAUAUUGAAUAAUUAAUUAUACAGGUCUCGUCAAAUAUAAUAAUUAACAAAUAAUAAUAAACUAAAAUCAAUGAAAAAGUAAUUAAUUUACUAAAAGAAAUUGAUCAAUAUAUUGUAAUUAUGGACAAGUCAGCCUCUCUUCGAUUGCUGCGCCCGUAGAGUAGAAAGAUCUGUUACUUACAUUAAGGAUGCAAAUAAAGAAUUAAGUAUUGA